UGCUUGGAGCAGCCUGUCUCUCUCUGUCUCUGUCUCUCUCUCUGUCUCUGUCUGUUUCUGUCUCUCUGUCUGUAACUGAUCCCCAGCAGAGCACACGACAAACCUGGGCUUUAGCCUGACUCCAGAAUGAUUGCUGUACACAUCCUCGUUCUUGGGAACACCAUGAACUCCCACAGGCUUUUUAUGGAUCGUCUUAAAACUAAAGUGAAGUUACGUGAAGUGAGCUCGGUAAAUGAAUGUGAUUACAUCAUUGCUUUUGUACCGAUCGUCUCUCGAGCUGGAACAGACAUUCAAGCUGCUGUUGAAAAAAUCCCCACAUGUAAGCCUGUCGUUCUCGUGGUCCUCCACCACACAUUCGAUGCCUGUUCCACCCCUCCGGACAGCAGACUCUGCAUAAACAGGGACAGAAUGUUCGCUGUAGAUUGUCUCUUUUAUGAAGACCAAGGACUGCUGAAAUGUCAACGCAAUGACAAAGCACUCACAGAGAUGAAGGAGCACCUGGAUAGAAAGGAACAUUCUGAGGUGACCCAAGAGGUGGACCCGUGCAGACCAGUGGUGGAUGACAGCUAUUCUAUACAGAAUUCUUCCAAGGAAAAUAUAUAUCGAAUUGUUUCGGGUGUUUCUUUAGUUGCUCUUGUGGGUGGUGUAUAUUUAUACGUAUGUGUGCAGGGAUAUAAGAAUGGGCAUUUACAUGGGUUUAUGGUUGGGUAUGAUGUUGGGUAUUUGAGUAGUUAUUAGUUUGGGAACUGGGUUGUGCAUUAGGGUAGGUAUUGGACUAUAUGUUUGGGUGAGUUUUGAAAGGGGUGAUGUUGUGUGAGUGUGUGGUAUUCUGGGUUGUAUGCUGGACAUUCUUUUAGCUAUUUGUUUGCUUAUUGGUGUUGGUCAUGGUUUGCUAUGAUUAUGAAUGACUUAAUUUGUAAUAAAAUAAAAAUUGAGAAUGCAUGAUGUUUCAUCCUAGAACUUGUGUCAGAUGCAUGUCUAUAAUAUAAUAAUUUACAGAGCAAUGCAUUCAAUUUAAAAUUUGUUGGAUAAACACAUUUCCACAAUCUCCAACUAAAGACUGCAUGUGCUUCACAUUAUGUUUAUGGAUAUAAAUCAUAUUUAAACAUAGAUUAAAUGAUUAUAUAGUACAUGAUACACUAUAGUAACAGAUUAGUUUUAUCAAUCGUUUGUUGGUUAAUAACAAAUUAAAUAACAGCCGUGUUUCCUCUCCGAACCUCACUGAGUG